GAGGGAGACAACAAACAGCAAGAGUCUGACUAACUUUCACACAUCACAGCUGCUUACCAAUCUUUUGGGGCAUCUUCAGCUCUCUGGUAAUUUGUGGAAUACUUUUCAAGGAGGUCCCGACUAACUAAAGUCGUUUUCCUGCUGAAGAAAAUGGCACUCAGACAAGACUCAGAUAAAGAACCACGAAUUGAGCUCUUCAUAAAGGCCGGUCAUGAUGGAGAGAAUGUGGGGAACUGUCCCUUCUGUCAGAGACUCUUCAUGGUUCUUUGGCUGAAAGGAGUCAGGUUCACGGUAACCACUGUUGACAUGAGGAAGAAGCCAGAAGAGCUAAAAGACUUAGCUCCAGGCACCAACCCUCCUUUCCUCUUGUACAAUGGCACACUGAAGACCGACUUCAUUAAGAUCGAAGAGUUCCUGGAGACCACCCUCGCCCCUCCCCGCUAUCCUCAUCUCAGCCCCCGCUACAAAGAGUCUUUUGAUGUCGGUGCUGACAUUUUUGCCAAGUUCUCCGCUUUCAUUAAGAACAGCCCAAACAAUGCUUUCCACGAAAAAGCCUUAUUGAGAGAGUUUAAGCGCCUGGAUGACUAUCUGAAUACUCCGCUUCAGGAUGAGCUGGAUCGAAACGUCAUCGUAUCCGAAAGAAAGUUCCUUGAUGGCAGCCACUUGACACUGGCAGACUGCAAUUUGUUACCAAAGCUGCACGUCAUCAAGGUUGCUGCCAAAAAGUACUGUAGUUUCGAGAUUCCUCCUCAGUUCAUGGGAGUGUGGCGUUACCUGCAGAAUGCGUACGAGAGAGAAGAGUUCAGCCAGACCUGUCCAGCUGACAUUGAAAUCGAGAAAGCCUAUCUGAGUGUGGUCAUGAGGAACUGAACUUCAGAUUAACGAAGCAAUAUUGUGAUCAACUGUUGAAAUAGUGUAAAUACAAGUGCAUAGCCAUCUACAUAGUUGUAGUUCACAGGUGUGGAAAUCUUUUACAGCUGAAGCCAAAAACACACCACACACAGUCUGCUAAUGUACUUUCAUUGUGCUUGUGAUCUCAAAGCCCUUCUGAGUGACUGCUACUGUCAAAGAGGCUUUAUUCUGGUCGUUUUAGAGGUUAGGAUCCUUUGCAGAUGAUCUUGAGCGCAACAGUCAACAGAAUUGUGCUUUUAACUGCAAUAUCAUAUGUAAUGUUUCUGUGCAUAUUUGUGUAUGUAUUUUACAUUCAUUAGGGUGUAUUCGGUUAUAUGUAAUGUAUAGCUGAAAGGGUGUUUUUAAACAUCCGUAAGAAUAAGCUGAAAACACUGUAGAGGUAGAAGUUUGGAGUCAGUGAGUAAUGUGGCAGUAAUGGUUGUUUUGUAUUAAGGGUUAUUGUGAUGGAUGUAUGAGUCACAUAGACUCCAUUGUUAGACGUUAGGAUUGUUUAAGAAAGAGAUUAAACUGCUUUCUUUAGGUUUCACUUAAAAAUGAAAUUAAUAAUAUACACAUCACACAUUUGUCUUUCUCUUUUAAUGUGAUCGUGAAGCAUAUCCAGAGCUUUGAUGAAAGAUUUGUUUAAAAACAUAAAUCUUACAACUGAUCUGUUUAACCCAGAGUAUCUUUUUAUUUUACAGUUGCAGUUCUAGGUCAGUUUUCAUUCAUGAUAAAAAAUACAUUCAUUCAAAUUACUGUAUAUAAAACAAUAUUCACAAUGUCAAACAGCGGCUGGGUGGACUUUCUUUAUGGGGAAAAACAAAAGCAUACAUUUUAGAUGUUUGUACAUAAGGUGUGUUGGUCCUCUGUCCAUCUGAGCAGAUUAAAUCCUAGUUUGUAACACAGUAUUUCCAAAAACAGGCUGUAAAAGGAAGGACCAAAAGUUUAUUUUGUAAUGCAAUAUAAUAAAAUAAAUAAAAAGCC